GUUCUGAAUUUUGUUUUCUUGGCCAGAGUCUGCAUGAGUUAGUUGUUCAUUCUUAUAUGUGUAGUUGAACUUUAAAGUAUUGAGUGUAGAAGCCAUUAGAAUCUAUACAUAUUCAGUGUCAGGUUGUAAGCUAGUGUUAUUUAAGUGCAAAAAUUCCAAUUGUGUGUGUGUGUGUCAUGAUGGUGAAUAGCAUACUUUCCUUUUUGUAUUCUUCAUAAGUUUCAUUUUCCAUACAUUGAGAAGAAUUCAUUCAAGCUUUUAAUUAGUGCCAUGAGUGUCUAUUUAUUUUUACCUGUGCAACUAUCAUUAUAAUCUAUUCAAGAAAGAUAAACAAGUGAAGGAUUAUUGUCAGUGGGUUAUUGAUUUUUGUGUGUGUGAGACUUUCUGAGCAUUUUCUGUGAGCUCUAGCCUUGACUAGCAUGUGAAAGUGGUAGUGUUAUUACUGUUUGUGUUAGUUUCAUGACAUUUAGCCUUUAGUUUUAGUCUGACUUGAGCUGGGUUUUUCUUUUCUUUCUAAAGUUGUUUAAUCCAUUGUGGUUAUUUUAAAAUGAAUUUAAGUCCAUGUAAAUCUCCCAAGAAGGAGAAUAAAACUAUUAAAGUCAAAGGUACACCAGUGAAAACCAAGGAUGCCAGUUGCAAUACGGUCACAAAAACCAAAGAGAUAAGCACAGGUAUGCCCAGAGCCGGUAUGCCACCUCCUCCCCCUGGUGUAGGGCUGGACAGGAAACGUCCUCCUUCUCAAGAGAUACGCACACCUCAGCAGAUUAAGACAAAAAGAAAGAAGAAAAUUGCUGAUAAAAUAUUACCUCAAAGGGUUCGAGAUCUGGUCCCAGAAUCCCAAGCCUAUAUGGACUUACUUGCGUUUGAAAGAAAACUUGAUGCAACAAUUAUGAGAAAGAGACUUGACAUUCAAGAAGUUCUGAAACGACCUAUGAAGCAAAAGAGAAAGCUGAGGAUUUUUAUUUCCAACACUUUUUUCCCACCUAAAGAAGCAGAGGAUGGAGAAGAAACUGUACCAUCUUGGGAGUUACGAGUGGAAGGCAGGUUACUUGAAGAUGCUGCGUCAGCAAGAUUUUGUGACAGUAGCAAGAUCAAAAGGAAGUUUUCCUCGUUCUUCAAGUCUCUAGUCAUUGAACUGGACAAGGAACUGUAUGGACUUGACAAUCAUUUAGUUGAGUGGCACAGAACUCCCAGUACGCAGGAAACAGAUGGUUUUCAAGUGAAACGUCCUGGAGAUCAAAAUGUUAAAUGUAAAGUGUUACUGAUGCUAGACUAUCAGCCAAUGCAGUUCAAGCUUGACCAUCGCCUGGCUAGGUUGCUUGGAAUCCACACCCAGACCAGGCCAUUCAUUGUGAAUGCCUUGUGGCAGUACAUCAAAACUCAUAAACUGCAAGACUCCAGUGAGAGGGAGUACAUUAACUGUGACAAAUAUUUUGAACAGAUAUUUGAAUGCAAGCGUAUGAAGUUCUCCGACAUCCCUUCCAAGUUACAGCCACUGCUAAUGCCCCCUGAUCCCAUUAUUAUACAUCAUGUUGUGACAGUUGAGGGCCCUGAUGCCAAGAAGACAGCCUGCUACGAUAUUGAUGUUGAUAUAGAUGACAGCUUAAAGCAUCAGAUGAACAGUUUUGUUAUGUCCACACAGAAUCAAGCAGAAAUCACUGCACUUGAUUCUAAGAUUCAUGAAACUGUUGAAAACAUCAACUUGUUGAAGACUCAAAGGGAAUUCUUUUUAGGUUUUGCUAAAGACCCACAAGAAUUUAUUAGCAACUUUUUGAUUUCUCAGACAAGGGAUCUCAAGACUAUGACAGAUGUGGUUGGUAAUCCUGAAGAGGAAAGAAGAGCUGAAUAUUUCUAUGAGCCAUGGACAGUAGAAGGUGUCAAUCGAUAUUUCUAUUCUCUGGUUCAGCAGAGAAGACUAGAGUUGGAACAAGCUCUAAUGAUGAGAAAUGGUGGCAUGUAAUUUUGUUUGUCUCUUUACCUUACUGGCAUUGCAUAUUAUGUUAUUAUCACCAAACUUGUCCUGUACAUACUGUGUGGUUUGUCUUUUUUUUUUUUUUUUUUGAUAUAGCAUUGAAGUAAUGAUCGUAAAAAAUAAAUAAAUGUAAAUAUUUGUUGUAGUCCAAAAUGUUAAAUGUGUUCAUUUAUGUUUAUAUGUUUUUCUAGAUGUAGUCAUGUACUAUGUGGCAUCAAGACCAUUAAAA